CACACAAAACACAUACCACUUUCUUUACUUCGUCGUCUUUUUUUCUUCAGAAUUUCCGGUGAUCGGAGCCAAAAAAAGAAAAGAAAAGAAAAACAUCACCGGGGAAAUGGACGAAUCGUGGCGUAUGAAGAUGGGUUUAAGCGUUGAUCCAUUCUUCUCCAUUGCUCGUAAAUCCAUGGAUGCUCGAAUCGACACGGAAGACUUCGCCGAUGUUUUUGGCGGUCCGCCGCGAAGUGUCCUCACCAGAAAAUUUUCCGGCGACUUCUCUCGUUCCGACUGUUUCUACGACGAGAUUUUCCGGCCUCCUGGGAAUUUCUCCGGCGGCUCUCUUCCAUCUUCUAAAUCUCACGGAAGAAAUUUACCGGCGUUCAGAAUUCCGUCCGGCGGAGAAGGAUUUUACGACGGCGUGUUUGGUGGUCGCGGCGGGUCAGUGAAAGAGGGAUCGAAAAAACAGAGCUCGACGGCGAAAUCAAGAUCGAAUUCAUCGUCGAUGCUUUCUUCCGAGGAGGUCAGUCCUCACAAUCCUCCACCAGCGGCAGCUUCCGGCGACGACUCCGGAUUUUCUUCUUUCACAUCUAGACUCAGACCGUUAAACGUCCCGUCAAGAAGUCAUAAACGAGAGUCAAAGAAACAGAGUUUCUCGGCGUUUCCAACCGCCAAAGAUUCAUUUUCCGGCCAAAAUAACACACCGGAAAAAGCUGAUUUCUACUACAAAAAACCACAUUUCGGCGGAUCAAGAAGAGCCUCGCCAGAAACCAUAAGCUUGGAUCCAAAUUCCUUCAGAAGAAUGGAUGAUUACGGACCAAGCUCUCCUGCAUCUUCCCCUGUUUCUUCCUUCAUCUGCGAAGAAGAAGACGACAACACUCAUGCCAAACAGAGAACCACCAGAGACUGUAAAGUCGAAGACGUAGUAGUCGUAGAAGAUGAAGAAGACGAAGAAGAAGAGAUGAGCUCUUACGUAAUCGAGAUAAACUCAGAUCGAUUCGAACGUUACAGAGAAGAAGGAGGAGGAGGAGGGAAUUCGGAUUCAAACGACAUGGAUGAAGCAAUAGCUUGGGCAAAAGAGAGAUCUCAAAGACCAGAAGCAAAGCAAACAGAAGAAGACGUAAUUGAUUCAAGAAGAAGUGAAGAAGAACCCAAAUCAGAAGAAGAGAUGGAGAUGGAGAUGAAAGAUGAAGAGAUCAGAAUCUGGUUAACCGGAAAAGAGACAAACAUUAGACUUCUCCUCUCAACUUUACAUCAUGUUCUUUGGUCAAAUAGCAAUUGGGAUGCGAUUCCUUUAGGAAAUCUUCGAGAUGGAUCACAAGUGAAGAAAGCUUAUCAAAAAGCUCGGCUUUGUUUACAUCCAGAUAAGCUACAACAAAGAGGAGGAACUUCACCGAUUCAAAAAUCUGUCGCGAGUAGAGUUUUCGCCAUUCUUCAGGAAGCGUGGGCUGUGUACGUAACAAAUGAAGGUCUCUCGAGCUAAACCGGAAUCCGCAAACAAUAUUCUUUUGGUUUAUAUUAAACCGGAGCUGUUCAGAAUCGGUUUAUAAUAGUGUAAGAAGAAUAAGAGCAAAGUUAAAAA